CGCUUUGCGGUUGCUGCGACAACACUGAAUCUCCUCUACAUAGUUCGGUUAUCAGCAAACCGUUUGUUGCUCUUACUCCAUUUUUGCCGCUUAAGUUCAAUGGUAUUUCAGAUGAACUCGAAAAACUCCCGAAAGCCGAUGCGGAAUAUUCCAGGGUGAAAAGCAAGUCAGAAUGCCUAGACAGCACAUGCGUUGUGGUUCAGGGUUCAAUACUCCAUCAAUUGAACGAUGUGGGCCAUCGAUUUGUUUGGUUGUGUGGCUCUCCCGGAAUUGGAAAGACAGCUAUAUCAAUGAGUGUUGCCUUGACUCUUUACAAUCAGGGCCGCUUAGCAGCAUCUUUCUUCUGGGAUAAAAACCAAAAAGGGGGGGGCCUGGAUUCGAUCGAACGCUUUCCCUCUACUCUUGCAAGACAGCUUGCAUCAUUCAGUACCGAGUACGAGAGCCUGCUUGUCAGACAACUUCGUCAACCAGCGCGUCAGCCUUCACCAUCGAGGAUAGCUCCAGGCACUGCUCUGGAGAAGCAGAUGAGAGCCUGGGUCAUUGAUCCUAUGCGUAAACUCAGGCAUGUAUUCUCCUUGGAGGAGGAGCGCCUCAUCAUCGUCCUGGAUGGACUUGACGAGUGUGGGGAUCAGGAGGAACUGGAGUCUUUAAUGAAGCUUGUCCUUCUCCUUGAAGAACUACCGGCUACAUUUGCUGUCUUAGUCAGCUGCCGUCCCGAGUCGCAGGUUACGUCGGCUUGGAAUGGAGCUCGGCGCCGGGGUCUUGUCAUACCAUGUGAGAAUGUGGAUAUGAUUGCAAAGCCUGAGAUGGAUCACACGGUCCGUUGCAUAGUGGAGGAAGGCCUUCAGGAUCGUAUCGAAAAAUCUACGUGGAAGCCAUCAAAGGACGAUCUCGAUGCCUUCGCUUUGGCCUGUCGCGAAUUGCCCGUCAUCGCCUCGAUCCGGGUCCGCGAAGUCCGCCAGCGAACUCAUCGUGGGGAAACCCUCGAGUCUGAGUUCAGAUAUUUUCGGGAUCUCACUGAUGCCCCUCGCGAUGUCAACUCGGAGUACUUGCGUAUACUUCAACGUGCUUACAUGCUCGAUUCAUCUGGGGUUCGUCAAAGGACGGCUGAGAGAUACCUCCAAGUGGUUGGGACAAUUAUUGCAGCACACAAGCCAUUCAGUAUACAUUCUAUAUCGGAAGUUCUGAAGAUCCCCGAGGCUGAGACUUAUGCAAUAUUGGAACCAAUCAGCUCUAUGGUCGACCUUUCUUUGCAAGACACGGAGGGUUUAAAAUUUUAUCAUGCAACAGCCAAAGAAUUUAUAUCGGGCAAACCAACUGGUACUGAAAAUGAUAAGGUAUUCUUUAUUAAUGAUCCGAAAGGAUAUUUACUUGGACUGCCGCUCCUUCAACUCUUCAAUGAUAGUUGUGAAGGGGAUUUGUUUGGGAUACCUACAAAUCCCCCUUUUGGAGCAGAACAAAAAUGGAUGCAUUUUGAGGAGAGAAAGAUGUAUCUCCCCGAUCAUCUCCAAUACGCUGUUGAAUACCUAUUCAGACAUUUGGACCCUCGGCAACUUUUUUCGCAGGAACCUAGUGAACUGCAGAAUGCGUUCCGCUCUCUCCUUACACCGCAGAGUUCACUUACUUUCACGCUGUUGUCACCAGAAGGCUUGACACUACCUGAAGAAUUUCUUCCAUUCAAUGACCACGAUGUAUUUAAGUUGCUGAGAGAAACUGAAACCGCAAUUCGGUCUCUCACAACUCACAAAGGUGGUCCAUGGCAUCUCUAUCGAUCGGUCCUUCCCUUUAUCCCAUCCUCGUCAUCCUCUUAUAAGCUAUACGGCCACCUCUCUGAUCCAGUCGAGAUCUUCAGUAUUUCCAGCCAAGUUACUUGAAUUGCCAAAGGAUCCUGAUGGGAUGAACCAUAAAGCUGAAUUCCAUGAUCCGGACGUUCGCAAUGGGAUUGUGACAUGCGCAGCCAUCUCUCUCGAUGGUCGCUAUGUUGCAGUGGGCUUUGGUAACGGUACCAUCGAAGUCGCUGAUAUUAACCACCAGCGCCCGAUCUCCCGAUUCUGGUACGAUUCACCCAACCCUCCGGCCUGGGUUGAGUUCAUCCAUGCCAGCCCCCAAGUCGCUAUGGAAGAUACCAAAGGGAGUGUCAUUAUACUCAGCCGUAAUGUGGCACCUGUGAACGUUGGCACUCUCCCUGCUGGUCCCUAUCCCGCUGAAGCUGCAGUGUCAGAUAACGGGUUAUUUAUCGUACGAGUUCCGCGGGAUAUUGAAAAACCUUGGUACCGCAACAUGACACUGGUAUCUGUUUUGGGCCACCCAUCCAUUCGGCUCCUCGCUUCUCCCCGUAUCGACCUUUCCACUCCAUCCUCU